GCAUCACACGUGGGAUAUAUUGACAGAACAGCGUUUUUGCUGAUCGCUUCCUAUGUACUUUUGAGUAGGUUAAGUGACUGUGUUAUAUAAUCCAGACCAGAACUGACCUGUCCGUGGUAGAGUAUCAAGUAAACACGGAUCGGUGGCGAAUACUGAGUUUCUGACAUGGGGAAGAUUAGGCGAGCACGGCACAAACUGCAUAGUAUAGCAGUGAAGCCCCCAUCCGCUUCUGUAAACAAGGACAGAAAUGAUGAAAUGGUAGUAGAAACCGUCAAGACAGUGAAAGCAGCAGGACAGGACUGGAACAUGCUGUCAUCCUCGAUCUUUGCUGGAACCACAAUAGACCCCAAAGCUUUGGUACAGAAAUUGGAAUUUGAGGAUAAUAGCAGUGUUGUUUCCAUUAAAAAAGGUUCUCAAGAGAAACCACAGCUGUCAAAGAAAGAGAAGGCAAAGCAAAGACAGGAAAGAUGGCUGCAAAAGAUAGAGGCCAUAAAGUUAGCUACUCAGAAGCAGAAAGCAGAAGCCAAGCGCAAAGCUACCCCAAUUGUGGGAGACCUGCAUCCCUUGAUUGACGCUUUACCUGAACUGUCUGAACUGGCAGCAGUUAACAAAAGUACCAUGCACAAGAAGAAGCCCAAACCCGUAAAGCAGAAGCCAACACCGAAAGACUACAGUAGAAUGAAGGCACCUCAGAAACGUAAAAUUUUGGAGGAUGAGAUAGACCGAUUCCAGCAGGUGAUAUCUGAUCCCUCAUUUAAAACCAAUCCACUAACUGCUGUCAGAUCAAUGCUGCAGAAGAGACUAAAGCAAGAAGAGGAGCUCAGCUGAGACACAGAUGUGUACAGCGACAUCAAACUGCGUAUACCCCACUAACCUAAAACAUCACAGGAAUUGCUGGCUCUCUAGCUUGAUCUUAACUACCUAAACUUGAAUCAGAAAUGCACACAUAGGACUGUAGCAAAAGACUAAAUGGAGGGAUGCAGAUUGGAAAAUGCAUGCAAAUCGUGAGACCUCAGCAGGAAACUUUCACCCUAGCAAGCUUUUGUGAAACAGUUUGCAAAACUGAAACACUGGUCAUUUUAGUCACAAAACAGAGCUAUUUUUCUCUAGAAUAUAUAAAGCUUUUUGAGUUUAAUGGUGAUAAAUCAGAAUAUUCACAAUUGCUCUACUUUUUUAAUGUUAUUUUUAAUGACAUGUUAAUAUUGCAUAUUUAUGUCUACUUAUAUAUUUGUUUGUCUGUAUGUGUUUCAAGCACGUGAUGUUAGUAGUUUUCCUGUCAUCAAUGAAUUAUCCUGUACCUAGUGUGAGCAUUUUCGUCCUGAAGGAGUACCCUCUCCGGUGUGAAAGAGCAUCCACAUAUGCUGAUAUGGACUAUGAAAGCCUCUGGUGAUUUUACGUUAUGAAUCUAGUCACUCCUAGGAUACCAUUUCAUGUAAAAUAUGUGUGUUGCUUUUUCAUUGUGCACCCAGAGUCAUGAAAGUAAAUGAUGGACACUUAAA